UCACCCAGCCGCUUGCCCUCGCCUCGUCCCGCUUUGCACACACCCCCAGCAGGUGCUUUCACUUGAGAGUUAGUUUGCAGUUGUGCUUUAGGCUGUGCCUUUCAAGUUAAGAGUUAUUCUGGGGGGAAAAAAAGAGAGGAAAAAAAGAGCCCGAGAGGCUUCCAGGCCUCAUCCCCGGGGCUCCGCAGCAGUCGUCAGAGGGAAGCAGACUGAGGUGAGCCCGCCGCUCGCUGCACCUCCAUCCUCACCUGAGCAUCCCAUCUGAGCCAAGCGUUGAUCGGAAACAGCCCGGCACCUGCUGCCAUCCCAUCAAGUGUUUGUCUCUGACAGUCAGAGCAUCUUUACAGCGUCAUGUCGAACCCAGUCGGCAGUUUGUCAGACGCCGCAGUCUACGGGCCCCGGAUUGGGAUGACAGAGGACUCUCUGCAUCGAAGCCGAGCCUCUGGGGAAGCCUGGGACAUGGGGGACACCAAACCCAGCCUGGAAGCCUUGGAGCGCGCCAUGCCGAGCUUCUACUUCCCCUGCUUUGAUAUGCUCCACAUUGAAGACUCCACGUGGCUGGUGAAGGUUUCCGAGGCCUCCCAGGCGCUGGCCGUGCCCAUGCAUCGCAUGGAGAGCCGGGAGGAACCGGAGCAGUGUCCCGUCAUCGACAGCCAGGAGCAGGGGCUGUCUCCCGGGCUGGAGGGGCAGGAGGAGGAGCGGUCGCUGGAGCAGGUGCAGAGCAUGGUCGUGGGAGAAGUACUCAAGGACAUCGAAACGGCCUGCAAACUGCUCAACAUCACCCCAGACCCUAUGGAGUGGAACACGGGGAACGUCCAGAAGUGGCUGCUGUGGACUGAACACCUGUACAGGUUGCCUCAUGCCGGAAAAGCCUUCCAGGAGCUGUCGGGGAAGGAUCUGUGCGCCAUGAGCGAGGAGGAAUUUCGCCAGCGCUCCCCACAGUGCGGAGACACGCUGCACGCACACCUCGACAUAUGGAAGUCAGCUGCCUGGAUGAAAGAGAGGUGCUCAAUUGGAGAUACAAAAACUACAGGCAGCGAGGAUCUGUGGUCCGAGGCAGAUUCCUCUUGUUCAGGUCAACCUAUCCAUCUGUGGCAGUUCCUCAGGGAGCUCCUGCUCAAACCUCACAACUAUGGCCGCUGCAUCCGCUGGCUCAAUAAAGAGAAAGGGAUUUUUAAAAUCGAAGACUCGGCACACGUGGCGAGACUGUGGGGACUCAGAAAGAAUCGACCUGCCAUGAACUACGACAAGCUGAGCCGCUCCAUUCGUCAGUACUACAAGAAGGGAAUCAUCCGAAAGCCCGACGUCUCUCAGAGACUGGUGUACCAGUUUGUUCAUCCAGUAUGAGACAGUAGCAGCAUGUUAGGAGGAGGAGGAGGAGGAGGAGGAGGAGGAGGAGGAAGAGAAGGAGUAGGAAAACCAUGAUAUUACAAUGAGACAGUGUCUCACCAUGCACUUAAUCACCUAACUCUGAGAUUAAAGAUGACAUGAAACACGUGCACUGCAUCUCCAGAGCCCUGCCGGCUCUGAAGCAACAGGCAAGUGCUGCAUGAAGGCUUAUCCGUGCAAAGAGAAACAGACAAGACACACUUUUUCUUCCCGCUGAAAGAGAAAGACUGGUUCAAACUAACAAACUGCCUCGUCAUUUGCACAUUCUGCCUGAUCAUUUUCCUGGUAUGUGUCCCACAACUCCUAAAUUGGCAGCUGAAUGCUUUUUUCGCGCCAGCUUCGGGCCCCUCACCUGCAGCUACUCUUGUUUCGCGCCACACUUUCACUGGCACCGGAUGGUGUUUAGUUGCUGAACCUGUUCAUCUUCAAGACCAGGCUCUCGCUUUGUGCUUUACCUCGUCUGAGAGGUGAAGAGGAAAUGCUUUUUCGUGCAAAAGUGAGACCCUCGAACUCUUCUGUGGCUGCGCUGACAAUGCUGCAUGUGUGUAUUUUUGUCUUGAGUGAGACAUUCCCUAACACCAUCGCUGUGGAGAUGUAUUGUUUUUAAUCCUCUCAGCUCUGGUUUAUAUAACUGUAUAUUGCAUUUUGCUGAUUUUCUGAUAUCAAUAAUUCUAUGAGACAAAACAUGUAAAUAAAUUGAAAUUUUAGCCACAGCCGGACAUUCACAUUCCUCAGAGGAUGAAUCAUUUUCUUCUAAUUUAAUUCAAUGUAACUUUAAUUCUAAGGACUCUCAGGGUAAUUUUACCGACCACCUGAUUUUAUUUUUAUUUGCUAAAGAGGUUUUAAAAAGAAAUCAGCUGCUUAACAUUCUGAACGUUAUUGCAGGACGAUGCCGCAACUCGAAAUAAAACGUAUGCCAAGUAACUCCACAUUUACUAAGAAAAACAGGAUUAAGGAACACUUCUGUCUACUGAGUACAAUCAGGGUGGAUUAUCCACUUACAUGGUCGGGGAUUUUGUCCAGAUUUAUUCAUACGAGUCAUUUUUCUUGCUUUUCGGGUUUCUCUAUUUCACACCAGUUUGUCCUGCCAACGUUCAAUUAUCAUGUGGAAAUUUGUAAAUAAUUGUCUCCCUGGGAGAGGACACACUGUUCAAGCUUUAAAAAAGGAUUCAAUAAACUAUGUUUUUUCUUUUUCAA